AUGCUUCUCCAGCCAACGCUCUUUGAGAACGGCACGUCGUCUUCAUCCGAACUCUCCAGAUUCACAUUCUAUCGAAUGCUGGUAUUUUCGGCUGUUUUUGGGGAUGUUGGAUCUGGCGGGAGGAUUACGUUUCUCGCCACCUCUAGCACGGCCGUCAAUGACGGUGGGGUGGCAGCAAUGGCAAAAGAAGUGGCAUUUCUGGAAUUUAAUUUCGGAAUCAUUGCUCUUCAAAAAUGCAAAAGAUGGGAUGAAAGAAGUGAGGAUAGAAGGAAGGCUCAAAAGUCAGUGAAGAAUUAUUUUACCAAAGUUCCAAAAUCAAGUUUGGACUCUCAUGAUCAACCUAAUCCAGAAGAAAAUGUCAAUCACUCAGAAGUACCAUUGCUUUCUUCUCAGGAAUUUGAUUUGAAUUCUUUAAAGCAUGAUCCGAGUGAAAGAACUCAAAUCUUGGACUUUCAUCCAAAUCAUCGUGAUGUUAUUCGAAGAGAAUACCUUAGGAGAGGUCCUUGUCAACCUUGGCUUAAAGAGUAUCAUAAAACAAAAGUUUCUAGAUACAUGCGUCGUUUUAAUCCUCAGUGGUUUAGUGGAUAUUCUAAUUGGUUAGAGUAUAGUCAAAGUAAAGGUGCAGUCUUUUGUUUGAAUUGCUAUCUAUUUAAAGACGAUAAUAUUCAUCAAGGUGGGGGUGAUGUAUUUUCGACCAUAGGGUUUAAGAGUUGGCAAAAAAAGAAGAGUGUUAAAAAACAUGUUGGUGGCAGAAAUAGCAUUCAUAAUCAGGCAAGAAAAAAUUGUGAAGAUCUAGAGCAACAAGAACAAUCUAUUCAAUCUGCACUUGUGAGGCAAGAUACUCAAUUUAAGCAUGAGUAUCGGCUCCGCUUAACUGCUUCAGUUGAUGUUGUAAGGCUUCUUUUGAAUCAGGGAUUGGCAUUUCGGGGUCAUGAUGAAUCUAAAUCAUCACUUAGCAGAGGUAAUUUUCUUGAAAUUAUUUCAUGGUAUUCUAAAAGGUGUGAUAACAUUAAAGAUUUUGUAUUGAAACAUGCUCCACCAAAUAAUCUGAUGACUUCUCCAAUGAUUCAAAAAGAAAUUGUGACUGCGUGCAAAAUUGAAACAAUUAAGGCUAUCAUAGAAGAAUUAAAUGGUGAUUACUUUGCCUUGUUGGUUGAUGAAUCUUUUGAUGUGUCACGCAAGGAGCAAAUGGCCGUAGUUUUACAAUAUGUUGAUAGAAUGGGAUUUGUGAUGGAGCGACUUAUGGACAUUAUUCAUGUUCAAGAUACUUGUGCAUCAUCUCUAAAAGAAGCAAUGGUUAAUUUACUUGCUCAACACUCCUUGAGUCUUUCUUAUGUACGUGGACAAUGUUACGACGGGGCAAAGUAA